AUGCAAAAAUCAUCGAAAGCCGGAGGUUCUGGCAAUUAUAUGAAUAUUCUGGUACAUCCAUUGGUGAUUAUGCAAAUGUCAGAACAUUAUUCGCGAACUAAAGUCCAGCAAGGAACAUCGGUUGAAGCUGUUUAUGGAGCGCUUCUUGGAAAACAACAAGGUCGCAAAGUCGAGGUUAUCAAUUCGUUCACAUUUCGAAUGUAUGCCGACGAGGAAACACGAACGAAAACUUUCAACGAAGAACACAUGAUUGCGCGAGCUGAGCAAUACUCAGAAGUUUUCCCAGAGCUUCAAGUUGUCGGAGUUUAUUGUACAAGUGAGAGCAACGAGAUGUCGCAAGAAGAAAAAGCGAUUUUCUUGAAAAUGACAAUUUCAUUGAGAAAAUCCGAAAAAAUUGAUAAUCCUCUUCUUCUUAAAUUAAAUGCUGCUACUGCUGGAGUAUCAAGAAAUUUGCCGUUGUAUGCGUUCGAAGGAGAUGUUGUCGAUGUUGAUCGAUAUUGUCCAGUGGAAUGGUCAUUGGUUUCAGAGGAGAGUGAGCGAAUCGGUGUUAAUCAUAUUGCAAGAUUGUCAACAAAGAAUGGAAAAGAUGAAGGAGCUGUAAAUGAGAAACACAAGAAAGCGCAAGCAGCUGCUCUUGAUAUGCUUCUCAAUCGUGUUCAGCUCAUUAUGCACUAUUUCAAUGAAGUGCAGGCUGGUAAACUAGAACCAGACAUUGAAGUUCUUCGCGAAGCCAAUUUGCUCGCUCAAAAGCUUAACGCAAUCGAUCGUUAUUCAGUUGAAUUCGACAGAGAUUUUGUGGAGGAGGAUAAGGAGAUUGCGCUGUUUUCUCUCCUUCCGAAAAUGACGGAAUUAGUCGGUAACCUUUCCCAGAUUUGGGCAAAAGUGUCUACUCACCGAUUGGAACUCCACAGUGAUGAUCCUUAUGGAGGAAAAGGUCGCUGGUUGUAUCAAAACAUGGAAGCCAGAUCAGCUAAGUUUUACUCUAAAUAUCGCGGAGACAACGAUGAAGAUUAUUUGGAUGAUGAUGAGUUUGAGAAUGAAAUGAGCGGACCACGAAGAAAAAUUCAUGCAGCGGAUUCUCAACAACCAGGCCCCUCCGGAUUGCGAUCUGCAAAAAGGGACAAGCGUUUUAACGUGCGUAGAUUCGAUGGAUCAAGGCGACAAACCCCGAAUCGCGUUCUUGAGAUCAGUGCGAAUAACUCUGGACAAAUGUCGACUGAUCAUGAGAUGGAUACUGGAGCUGCAAACGCAUGGGGUCCUGAAGAUAUGGCUACCGGCUAUGUUCCUGAAGUACCGCGUCCUUCGGCAUCCAACGUCGUCUUGGAGGAAAACAUUGAUGAGCCGCAGUAA